AUGUAACACUUUUUGGCAGAGGAAGGGGAGGGGAUGGUUUUUGCAGUAAUCAGGGUUGCCAUCAAACGGAUACUGACGGAGGCACAGGGGAGAAAGCGGGAUAGGAAAAUAUCUUGCUAUAAUUUCACAAUAAAUCGGGUCUACCCAGAGUCCUGACGUGAUCAUCAUCCCUGAACAGAAACAUUGGCCUACCCCAAAGUCAGUCCUCAACCAACCGUGGACGAUCUGGGUUGGAUAUCAAAGAUAAUCUGUCCCUAUCCCCGUUAUCUGGCUGCACUGGGUACCAUAGACACUUUCUUUUUUCCCUCCCUCCCUGUUUCCAUUUUCUGAAUUGGUUGCCAUAUAUAGAUUUUCACGUUCUCACUUGUCACCUUCCUCUGACUGGACUAUUCUAUUUAGAUGUAUUCCCUGGCUAUCGUCCAUCUCUCUGGGCUAUAACAUAAAUCAUUAAUGUUUUCAUUACGUUGGUAUUUUUACACCCCAGACCUGGUACCAUAGAUAUUUUCACCCUAGUCUGGCAGCUAGACUGCUCCACGAUACCCUGAUGAAUGAAGACCCCAUUCGGGAAGAGUGCGCCGGGCCAGAGAUCCAGAGCUGAUGCAGGAAACACAAGAACAGCAUGGGCCCCACCAAGGUGGUGUCGUCGUCUGUGCCGCGCCGGAACAUGGUGGGCUGUCGUAUCCAGCACAUCUGGAAGGAGGGGAGCACUGCGUCUCAGUCGCUGUGGAAAGGCAUGGUGCUGGACCAGGUGCCCGUCAACCCCUCGCUCUACCUCAUCAAGUACGACGGCUUCGACUGUGUCUAUGGCCUGGAGCUACAUAAAGAUGAGAGGGUGCAGGGACUUGAGGUGCUGCCUGACCGUCAAGCCUCCUCGCGCGCCAGCGACGUCAACCUGGCCGACACAAUGAUAGGGAAGGCUGUGGAGCACAUGUUUGAGACGGAGGACGGGACUAAAGAUGAAUGGAGGGGCAUGGUCCUGGCCCGAGCCCCCAUCAUGAACACCUGGUUCUUCAUCACCUACGAGAAAGACCCCGUUCUGUACAUGUACCAGCUCCUAGACGACUACAAGGAAGGAGACCUGAGGAUCAUGCCUGACUCCAAUGACACUCCGCCUGCGGAGCGGGAGCCAGGGGAGGUAGUGGACAGUCUGGUGGGGAAACAGGUGGAGUACGCUAAGGAGGACGGCUCCAAACGAACUGGCAUGGUCAUCCACCAGGUGGAGGCCAAACCCUCAGUCUACUUCAUCAAGUUCGACGACGACUUCCACAUCUAUGUCUACGACCUUGUCAAGACUUCCUAAGGCGACCUUUUACCCUUGACCUUUUCACACUACUGAGCCGAAUCGAGCUGUACUGGGCUGGCCUGGAUACACGUAAAUCCACCAUAGCUGAAAAUACUAUGCGAAAAUAUGUUAGAGGUGGUACAGUUUGGUUGAGGUCGGCACGGUACGGUGAAAAGGGCACUGGGUCGCUGGGCCUCUGGGCCUAGAGGACAGGAGGUCUGUCUGGGGAGUUAAUGAUGGAUGCGGAAGGUGGAGAAACUCCGCCAUACAGGAAAGACGAUGGUCAACACCACCAUCACCACAUGGAACCUUACCUUAUCCACCAACGUUUCCUAAAUAUAUCUUGAAGGUUUCGUGCAACAACCUCUUUGAGAUGCGACAGACAGACAGCUAGAUUGGAUAUUUCACUGAAGCCUUUGGAUUGCUACUAAAGCAUCUAGUGUUCUAGAAUCUAGUCAGAGGAGAGAGAGAGGGGGAGUCACUGUGCAACUGAGUUAUUGGCCACUUAACUUGUGGCUGAGAAUACUAUUUGUUUCUGCAACUAGCUAUCCCCCUAUCAGCGUAAAGGUCUUAAGGAGAUGUUACAUCGAUCCCUUUGUAAGGGAAGGGACUGGGAAAAGAUAUCAGCGUUAUUUGAACACUGCGUAUUAAGUGCGACCUUUAAAGUUAAUUGGGUUCUCAUUGGAUUUUUUAAAAGAUUUGAUGACCAAACCAGUGAUGGUAAUGUUUCUCCUAUUAUAUGUGUGUGAGCUCUGUGUUGUAAUUUUGACCGAUUUUACAUGCAUUUCUGGAGUCCCGUUAUCUAACAGUAAGAGGACAGUAACUAUCUGGGUUUGUUUUCAUCUCGGAGAAUCAUUCAAUUCUUGACUAUAUUUGUUUGUUUGUAAUGUUAAAAGAUACACGACAACGUAUGCAGUGAGCAAAGGCAUUUGUUGAAGUUUUGAGAGGGAGAUGAGCAUUGUUUUCAUUUAAAUGUUUCUUAGUUUUUUCCAAGAACUUGUUCAUGUAUAUUCAUAUAUAAUGAUAGUUAAAUACUGAUGCCGAUAUUUGCAGUUUUAUCGCAAGCACUAAUUUCAAAGAAUCUACUCAGAAAACAUUUACGCAGUUGUCUUUAUACGUUUUGCCUUUAAUGAUAAUUAUAUGUUGAUCAUCUCAACAAACACUAUUCAGAAUGGUUGACCAGUGAGAACGUUAAUCUGUAGUCCUGAGACUGAGUUUGUUCAUUAGGCCUUGCCAAAGCCCUCAACCCUUAUCAUUCAUUAUCCAAUCAUAAUAACAGCUAUAAUUAUUCCGAUAAUAAUUAUGUUUGUUAUUAUCGUUCCUGCAUUCAUAUGUUUACAUUUUUUGGGGGGGGGGAAUCAAACACGGUUUCUAUUUUAGUUUAAUUUUUACUUUCAUUGUUAUAUGUUAUUUAGAGACCUCUUCUUCACCUCUGUCUUUGUUAAACACACUUUCUCUUUAAUUGUCAUAGUAACCUUUUAGUAAACUGUUUUUAUCACGACUUUAAAAAAAUAAAGACAGUAUGGUGAAAGCACUGCAAAGUAAGCAAAGUAUUUAGUAUUUACUGUUAAUUCACAAUAAGUAUUCAAAACGUUAAAUGCAACACCCACUUUUAUAGAGUGCAUGUGAUAUUGUACUCAAGGAAAGGUUACUAGCCUGAAUUAGAUUUUUAUUUGCCUUAUUUUGUUGAGAUGAGCUGUUUCCCGCCAUUAUUUAAAGCCUAUAACAAUUUAGUUUAAAUGUAAUAGCAGUUUCUAGCUUUCUCUGUGUGUGGGGUGGGCGUGGGACAAAACAACAUUCACCAGAUGCCCCUAGUAGGCCCCUUUGGAAUGUUACAACGGUUGUCAGAGAAACAGUGGGCUACUGAGCACUCUAGAACCUCUGACAUACAGAUGUUGUUAAUUACUGUAGUAAUGUUUAGUGUUCAUGUGACUGUAACCUCCCUCUACACUCCUCUGCCUUGCUACUCUUUCUCCAUGCCCUCCUUGACCUUUAGCAGUGUUUAUGCCCAGUCUCUGAAUAGGUAGUAUAGUACUGUUCUUUUCAGUAGCCUGUGUAGUAGCAGAACGGAUGUGCCGUUGUGACUGAUUUGAGAUUAGAGAAACCACUGCAUCUUCAGCUGAAGUGCCUGCAGAGACAUAUAAAGCCCAUUAGUUAUUUUUUUAAAACAUUUUAAAACAGUUUUUCUUUCUUUGAAAGAGUACUGUCAACUCCCUUGAUGACUAACUGAUAGCUAUACACAGAGUAUGACUGAAUGGUAGCUUUAGAGAUGAAUGAGAUUAUGUGCAUCGGUUAUAAUGAGGCUCAUAAUUUGAAGACCCCAUAACGUACCGUAUAAACCCCUCUGUAUCUAAGAAGAUAAACACAAGUAUCGUAUGUAUCCUGUUGUAUCCCAAACCGCAAACUGACUUGUGUUUUAUGCAAGUUGUCGCCUUCAGAAAAUAAUCGGAAAAGUGUUUGAUGGAUUGGCAUUUCACACUGUUUGAUGUCGGUUUAUUUUGGGAUAUAUAAAAAAAGAGAAUAGGAAAACAGUCCGUUCUUUUUGCAUGAGUAGCGAAAACAGUAGAGCUGUAAGUGGAAGUUAGUGUCGUUUUUAUUGAACUUUUUCUAGGAGGUUAUGUUCAGUGUGUUGCCUAUUGUGACGCUACUUUUUUUAUUUCAGAAAAACAAAGUAAUUCUUUGUAUUACAUUUUAGACUCUGUUCCUCUAUAGGAUGAAACUCACUGGGGUUGUAUGUGGGGCCAAUAGAAAGGCCACAUGGUGCCAGUGUUACACAGCAUUUGAGGGAUCAUGUCUUUCACAUACAAUACCGAUGUUGUCCGAAAAUACUUUUUAUAUGUAUCUCUUUUGAGUGCCACAAGGAAAACAUGAACUCAAAGAAAAAGGCCUUAUAAAAUUGGUAGGGGGGAUGUUUAUACAGCAUAUGUAAGUCCCGUGUAGCUCAGUUGGUUGAGCAUGGCGUUUGCAACGCCAGGGUUGUGGGUUCGAUUCCCACGGGGGGCCA